ACAUAGUGGCAGCCCUGACAGGGAAGGUGGAAAACGUUUAUUUUCAAAUAGAAGAAAGAGAAAAGUGAUGUUUUACUGUUUUAUGUAGUUUUGUUUUUGGCAAGAUCUAUAGGAUAGCUGUUUUAAAAUUACAUUAUGAUGCGAAACCAGGCUUCGGCUUAUAGGACGCCUGCGAGCAAAGCACAACCACAAACAUGCCAAGUCAAAGAACCCAUUCAUGUCUACUGCAGAAUAAGACCUAUGGAAAACCAGAGCGAAACUGCUUGUUUGAAGAUGAUUUCACCUUCCACUGUACAGAUGCUUUCACCCGAAACGGCAAUAAACUAUCGGGACGGUUAUUUGAGGGAGACUCAAUAUACGUUCAGCUAUGUAUUUGAUCCGAAUACAAAUCAGAAAGCUGUCUUUGAACAUGUUGCUUUACCUUUAGUUGAUAAUCUGCUUCAAGGAAAGAACGGGUUGUUGUUUACGUAUGGUAUCACGGGCAGCGGUAAGACCUUUACAAUGACCGGGUCCCCUCAAGAUAAUGGUAUUAUGCCGAGAGCUCUAGAUGUAAUUUUCAACAGUAUUGCAAAUUUACAAGCCAAAAAGUAUAUUUUUAAACCGGAUAAGCUGAACGGCUUUGAAAUACAAAGUGAAGAAGAUGCCAAAGCUGAAGGACUUAAGGAAAUACAAACCCAGUUGCAAAAACCAAAAACCCCUAAAGUUCGAAGAAUGGAGAGUGAUUGGUUGAAUCGGGUGCCAGAGGAGACAAAAAUAGAGGAUAUAGAUGAAGAUAACAUGUAUGCCGUGUUUGUCACAUAUGUAGAGAUUUACAACAACUGUGUCUACGAUUUGUUGGAUGACAACUUUGAAGAACUGGCCACCAAACACAAGGGACCCCAAAGUAAAUUGGUGAGAGAAGAUGGGGCCAAGAACAUGUACGUACACGGAGUGACCGAGGUGGAAGUAAAAUCCACAGAAGAAGCAUUCGAGGUGUUCAACAAGGGAUUGCGCCGUAAGCGGAUGGCACACAACUCUCUGAACGCGGAGUCCAGCAGGAGUCACUCAACCUUCACUGUACGUCUGGUGCAGGCGCCACUGGACAUGUACGGGGAGACCAUGCUGCAGGACAAGCAGAAAAUAUCUAUAAGUCAGCUGUCCUUUGUGGAUCUGGCCGGGAGUGAAAGGACCAGUCGUACCAACACGGCAGGGAUGCGGCUUAGAGAAGCGGGGACCAUCAACAACUCCCUGAUGACAUUGCGUAUCUGCCUGGAGAUUCUGCGGGAGAAUCAGAUGAACGGGACCAACAAACCUGUGCCUUACCGAGAGUCGAAGCUCACCCAUCUGUUCAGGAACUUCUUCGACGGAGAGUGUAUAGUGAGGGUGAUAGUUUGUGUGAACCCCCGGUCGGACGAUUACGACGAGAACAUGCACGUGAUGAAGUUUGCCGAGAUGAGUCAAGAGGUACAGGUGGUGAAGCCUACGCCACUGCGCAACAUCGACAACUUGCCCUCGGGCCGUCGUCAGGCCAACCAGAUCUUCAAACGAGCGAUGGCUAACCUCAACGACAUGGGAGCCAACACUGAGAAUGUACCAAUCGAGGUGGGAGUCCCGGCUGUGUACAGUCUGGCUUCACAGUUUCCCAGCCUAUGUCUCAGUGGGGCGGACGAUGACAGAACGCUCAAGACCCUCAUGAUGUUCUUGGAGUUUGAGAUCGCGAAAAGGAAGAAAUUUGAAUCGGAAGCAGAUGUGAAAGCGAAAGAUUUCCGGCAACGCCUAGUUGAACAAGAAAAGGAACUUCUAAUGUUGAGACAUCAGAGUGCUCUUGUUUCAGCUGACCUUGUUCAUUAUAAGGAGAAGGUUCAAUCUCUUGAGUCCCAAGUCGUCAAAGCAGAACUGGAUGCAAGCAACGCCAAAAAGCAGUCUCAGGGAUAUGAAAGAGUAAUCAAACGAUUACAAGAUGAGAUCCAGGAGAAGGACCAGGCACUCAGUAGACGGCUACAGGAUAGGGAGAGAGAUAAGCAGCGGUUCCAGUCCAAGAUCGCUCAGACUGCGGAGAAAAUGUCUCAGCAAAUGGAACUAAAAUUGACCGAUCAGAAAAGAAAACUGGAGCUGGAGAUGAGGCAGAAGGACAAGAAGCUACAACAGGUGAAGCGGAUUCUGUCUGACGAGGCUCUGAGCACUCCUCGCUCCGGCUUGCCCUCCAGCUAUGAUCUGCGGACCAGUUCCACUGAGAGCUUGUCCACCCCCGCCUCUGCCACGCCCUCCUCCGUCACUGUGCGCAGGAAGGGUCCGUACACUCCCGUGCCGCCCAGCCGCCCCACUCCCGAGUGCAGGACUCGGCCGGCGACUGCAGUCAGCAACCCUCGCCACCGCCGCAGUCGCUCAGUGAGUGACGACAGGUGGCUGGAGCACCGCCCUCCCGCUCCUGUACCACUCAACACUGUCAUGCAGCCUGUCAUCAAGAAACGCAAGUCCAUCACCAAACUUACCGAUGUCAAGGACCUGGCCAACCCCAAGACCUCCAAGUAUUGCUUGAUGACACAAGAACAGGACUCGGAAGGCGAUAUGGAGACACACAUCUACAAGGGUGACGUGGUGCCCACGUGUGGAGGAGGUGCUCAGGUGAUACUCAACGAUGUUGAGAUUCUGAAGCAGAAGUCGCCCGGCUCCUCUCCGACGCGUAAGCGCAGUGGCAACGUCGCAAAUGUCGAGGAAAAGUGUUGCGUCUCCAUCGAAGGCCACUCCAAGCGGUCCAAGUAUUAGUGGCCUGUGCAAUCGUGAUGUCAUCGUGUUCAUAUUGUAAAAUAGUUUAUCAUGUGAUACUUUUAAACGUUUAUGAUAACACAAAGUGUGUCAUUCUUCAGUAGGUUUGCAUUUUAUUAAAACGUGUUUUAAGAAUAGCAACAUUUUAAAAACGUUUUAUAUUUAAAUAUACAUAUGUCUGGACAAAA